CAUAACAAUAAUAAUAAUAAUACAUUUUUUAAAGUGCCUUUCAAGGAACUCAAGGACACUUUACAAAGACAUAAAACUCGACAACAAUAAUUUAAAACUAUACAAUAAAAAUAUCAAUAAAAAGAAUAAAACAAAGAACAACAAAGAGGUGUGGCACAACAGGUCAUAAUGUUCACAUAAAAAGUCUGUAUUUUAAUAAAUAUUAGUCUGUUCUUUGUACAAUUCUACAAUUUAAUUUAGCAGACGCUUUUGUCCAAAGCGACGUACAACACAAGCAUGUGACUGUAAAAUUUGAUCUAAACCAGUAAUGAGGACAACGGGAGGGUCAGAUAGAGAAAUCUGUGUUUCUACAAUUAUGAAUUAGUUCUUUUCAUCAGAUAAUAAUGUGUUUUUGUUUUAUUUUUCUGUCACCUUUGCUUUGUUUGCUGGAUUUUCAUUUUUUCUAUUUUACAGUUGAUGCUGGUUCUUCUGUGUGUCCAGGUGGGUUCUGUAAACACGGUGAGGUUCUCCUCAGUUGCUGGAACGUCAUCUUUCCUCUCAAAAACAUCUCGAGACUCGACCUUCCCAAACAGGAACGUUCCGUCACCAGGCCGCUAUGAGGUGAGCAGCAGUCUGAUCCAGAGCGGCUCCAGAGCUCUUCUAUCGCCGUUUAGAUCUAAAACCCAGAGGAGUUCUGCUGCCGUGGACAAAGGAGGACCAGGACCAGGAGCCUACAGCCCUCAUCAGGCUCCGGUCAAGAGAACCGUCCUGCCGAGGAGGCAUUACCUGGCCUUAUCAGCUCCUCCUCUGGUGGUUCCUAAGGACCCCCCUCCACCAGGACCAGGUCAGUACGACAUCAGGGAUCAUAAGCCAACAUCCAAACGUUUGAGGCCAACGGCGGCAUUCGCAUCCAGAACCCAGCGAAUACCUCAAACCUCUGGAGCUGAGAUGAUCCCAGGACCAGGUUUCUAUGAUCCUCAGCUUCAGUCCAAACAGUCGUUCUUUUACAACGAUUCCAGAGUCUGGUUACCGGCUUGAAGCUUCCAGCAGCUCAACGUUUAAUCAUCAGAAGAAUAAACUUUAUUUCUGUAGAACCUCUAAA